UGGUUGAGUACCUACCUAACAAUAACAAGUAACAACGUCUAUUUUAGUAUUUUAUUUUUUAAAUAGACGCGCGAUAACGUUUUUCGUAUAAUUUCAAUUCGAAUUUAAACUACCCUAUUAACUAUCAAUAAAACAAAAUGUUUUCAUUUGAUCUUAGUUCGAUAAGUACAGCUUUAUUGCACCCAGGUCGUCAGGCCAGUGGCGUUGAUUUUUCGGGAAAAUCAUUGAAAUUGAACACCGAAGAUGAUGCAAAACCAAUUGUGGAUGCCAUAAAUGCCUGUCCAGACCUUCAGUACCUGACACUUACUGGAAACACACUAGGUAUUCCAGCUGCCAAAGCAAUAGCAAAGGCACUGGAGAACCACCCAGAGCUUAAGAGUGCAAGAUUUUCAGACAUGUUCACAGGCCGAAUGAAAACUGAAAUACCACCAGCACUGGCUGCAUUAGGAGAUGGUAUGAUACAAGCUGGUGCAAGACUCUCCGAGUUGGACCUGAGUGAUAAUGCAUUUGGACCCAUCGGAGUAGAAGGACUUGCUAAGUUGUUGCAGAGUGAAGUGUGUUCUGAACUUCAGGAACUAAGACUGAAUAACAAUGGGCUUGGUAUAACAGGAGGAAAACUAUUAGCAAAAGCUUUAUCAGCAAGUCCGAAAAAAUUGAAAGUGUUUAUAGCUGGUAGGAAUCGUCUUGAAAAUGAUGGUGCUAAGGCACUAGCUGUUGUUUUUCAGAAUAUGGGCACGCUUGAAGAAAUAGCCAUGCCCCAAAAUGGAAUAUACCACGUUGGAAUAUCAGCGUUAUCAGAUGCAUUCCAAGUGAAUCCCCGAUUGACAUGUCUGAACCUUAAUGAUAAUACUAUUGGGCCUAAAGGUGCGGCCGCCAUCGCAAGAGCAUUACCAAAAUUAAAACAGUUGAAAUCAAUAAACUUUGGUGACUGUUUAUUAAAGAGUGCGGGAGCUAUUGCCUUAGCGAAGGGCUUAAAAGACAGUUCUAUGCCAUUGCAGUCCCUGGACUUAAGUCACAAUGAGAUUGGCAAAGAUGCUUGUAUGGAGGUUGUGGAUGCGAUAAGCUCUUCACCAGACAGCAAGGAUCGACUCACCCGUGUCACACUGGCAGGAAACAGUCUUGGUGGCGCUGCCAACAAGAAAGUGAUGAAGGACAAAUUAGGCGCCGCUGCUGAGCUCAGUGAUGAUGAGGGAUCUGAUGAUGAAGAUGAAUAUGUCUCAGAUUCAGAAGAACCAAGCGAAGGUUCAGACGAUGAUGGCUCUUCAGAAGACAGCGCCACGGAAGACGCUCAGCAUAUGGAUACAGUCCUCGAUAUAUCGGAUAUGUUGAAGACUUCAGAUGCUCAUGCGGUGGAAUCAAAUGUUGGUGAAUUCCUCCUAAAACCAACAAUACAAAAUUUGGAGAAACUGGGUUCUGAUGGUGCUGUUCUCAUUGACACACAUUUACAGGCAAUAAAGAAGCCAGAGAAUCUUAUCCAGGCAUAUGUGGAGGCAACCUGCUGUGUGUCAGGGUUGUCGGAUCAAAGUCCAGUAGCUGCAGUGGUUGCCCGUCAGCUUUACCCUCUGAUGGUUCAGCGAGCUAGUCUGCAGUGGCUGCUGACUAAUGAACUGUUAAAAGCACUGCAGCUUAUAAAGUCGGAAGACAAAGCGUACAGAGUGCGGUGGUACAUUCCAGCGUGUUACAAAGUACUUGCCUCUCAGAUAGAGGAGGCGUAUUUUCCCGCUCCAAUUCGAGAAACCUUGAAGUUCUUCAUCAGUACCAAGCUGCCGGUCCUGGAAGCUGAUGUCAAAUCUGUUGUUGAAGGAUACCGUAAUUUGUAUACAUAAUAAAUGAUGAGCAUAAAAA